AUGCAUCAAGAUAUAAGAUGUACGCCGACGAGUCUGAAAGUAACCGACGAGCUGUUGGAGCACGUGUCAGCACAAGCUACGCGCAGCAAUCUGAUGGUCAAAGACUUCAAGAUUCCUGGCAGACUCUGCAAUCAGGUGAACAACAGCAACAAUCUAGACCCAUCACUUCCAGUACAUGUGACACGCGUACGUCUCAGCAAGGUGCGCGGCCGGCACGACGCUAACACUGAGGAAAGAAGCGAUGACGUCAAACUGCAUUGGCGCGAGAAGCUCAGCAGGACGACAACCCAGGUGAAGAUGGCAAUCUUCCCGCAGGUGUAA